AUGAAUGUCAACAAUGUUCAACCAUUGCGUAUGUUACCACGAUUUGAUUCGCAUGUGUUUCGACAACUAUCGGAGAGUGUGUCCGAAUCGCAGAUGAGCAGGAUCUUAUUACCAAGAUUUCAUUCCGAUCAUCAGCGUCAUUUCUAUGAUGGAAAUCAAUCUGCAGAAGCAACAAUUAGCCAAACGAAUUUGCCAGGUAUUGAUCCUCAUUCGAAUAAAUUCGACAUAAAAUUCCUCGAACGUGCCUAUGCUCGAUCGGGAAAAAAAUGCUGGCCAAUAGUCAAUACAAACAUUACAAAUCUCGAUCUCGAAUAUGCCUAUGAAAUCAUCGGAGAUACUCUCGAAUCGUAUGUUCGUUACCGAAAGUUAAGUCAAUGUAAAGCAUUAGCGAAUUUCAUUGAUUAUCGUAAUAAAGUAUAUAAACGAGAAAAACUUGCCCAAUAUGCUUUACCAACGACAGAAACACAUGUGAAAGACACACCUACUAAGAAAUUAGCAUCUCCCAUACCAAAAAUUAUUCAUAUAGAAGAGAAACAAUCAUCAUCGCCAUCGACUAUAUCACAAGGUAUGCCAUCUCCAUCUGUUCUAUCGGUUAAAUCUUCGAAUCCAUCUUCGAAAAUCACUAAUGAAUCACUGAUUCAAAUUCCGUCACCUGAUUUACUCAAAAAAUCCACGCCGAAGAAGAUUGUCUCACCAACUCCAUCAAAACAAAAUAAUUUAAUUGUUCCGAAAAAGUUCAUCAACAAUGUCAAACGACUACCACCGCCAGUCAAAGGUCAGUCGUGA